CAUAGAUACACCAUCUUCAGAGAGAGAGAGAAAGAUUGAGAGAGAGAUGGGGAAGACGGAGGUGGAGGAGAGGACCGAGGAUGGAGUGGUGUUGGUGAAACCAAGGCCAACGAAAGGCUUCACUUCCAAAGCUAUAGACUGGUUAGAGAAGCUGAUCGUGAAGCUAAUGCACGACUCUUCACAGCCUCAACACUAUCUCUCUGGUAAUUUCGCUCCGGUUCCUGAAGAAACUCCUCCUUGCAAGGACCUCCCAGUCAUAGGUCAUCUUCCAGAGUGCUUGAAUGGUGAGUUUGUCAGGGUUGGUCCUAAUCCAAAAUUCACACCGGUGGCUGGAUAUCACUGGUUUGAUGGAGAUGGCAUGAUUCAUGGUUUGCGCAUUAAAGAUGGAAAAGCAACCUAUGUUUCCCGCUAUGUGAGGACAUCUCGACUUAAUCAAGAAGAGUUUUUUGGAGGAGCUAAAUUUAUGAAGAUUGGAGAUCUUAAGGGGCUCUUUGGAUUAUUUAUGGUUAAUAUGCAAAUGCUUAGGGCAAAGUUGAAAGUAUUGGAUACUUCUUAUGGAACUGCGACGGCUAAUACAGCUCUGAUUUAUCAUCAUGGAAAGCUAUUGGCACUUUCAGAGGCAGACAAACCUUAUGUUCUUAAAGUUUUAGAAGAUGGAGAUCUUCAAACACUUGGCAUGUUGGAUUAUGACAAGAGGUUGGCACAUUCCUUCACUGCUCAUCCAAAGGUUGACCCAUUUACCGGCGAGAUGUUUACAUUUGGCUAUUCACAGACACCGCCAUAUAUCACAUACAGAGUGAUUUCAAAGGAUGGAACCAUGAAUGAUCCUGUGCCAAUUACGAUACCUGAACCUAUUAUGAUGCAUGACUUUGCGAUUACUGAAAAUUAUGCAAUUUUCAUGGAUCUUCCUUUGUACUUCAGACCGAAGGAAAUGGUGAAGGAGAAAAAGUUCAUAUUUUCAUUUGAUGCGACUAAAAAGGCUCGUUUUGGGGUCCUUCCACGGUACACAAAGAAUGAGCUCCUGAUCAAAUGGUUCGAGCUUCCAAAUUGCUUUAUAUUCCAUAAUGCCAAUGCUUGGGAGGAAGGGGAUGAAGUUGUUUUGAUCACUUGCCGCCUUCAGAAUCCAGAUUUAGAUAUGGUUAAUGGGGUCGUUAAAGAAAAGCUCGAGAAUUUCACAAAUGAGCUGUAUGAGAUGAGAUUCAACAUGAAAUCUGGUCUAGCUUCACAGAAGAAAUUAUCCGCAUCUGCUGUAGAUUUUCCAAGGGUGAAUGAAAGCUACACUGGGAGGAAACAACGAUUUGUAUAUGGAACCAUGCUGGACAGUAUUGCCAAAGUCACUGGGAUAAUCAAAUUUGAUUUGCAUGCGGAACCAGAUACCGGAAAAGCAAAGCUUGAAGUUGGAGGAAAUGUUCAAGGCAUCUUUGACCUAGGAGCUGAUAGAUUUGGUUCAGAGGCUAUUUUCGUUCCUCGUCAGCCUGGUAUUACUUCCGAAGAAGAUGAUGGGUACUUGAUAUUUUUUGUACAUGAUGAGAAAACCGGAAAAUCAGCAGUGAAUGUAAUCAACGCAAAAACAAUGUCAGCUAAUCCUGUUGCAGUGAUCGAGUUACCCCAUAGGGUUCCCUAUGGAUUCCAUGCCUUCUUUGUAACAGAGGAACAACUUCAAGAACUAGUGAAACUCUGAAUUUAUAUCACUGCAGCAAGAAGUUGAAAUCGAUGCCUGAAGGUAGGACUGUUUAAAGUAGAACUAUGAUUUCAUCUAUAUACUCUGCCAUUGUAGUAGCUACAUAUUGCUCUUGGGAAAAGUUAUAAUGUAUCAGAAAAAACAUAUUUGAGUUAUAGUAGCAUAUACCAUCAGGACUGUACCCAUCCAAAAGGGGUUGUUUAGAUGUUAUCCUGCAUAUACAGAUUGAAGAAAGCCAAUAAUAUCUUUUAUCUGCUUUCAUUUCCUCAAAAAUUAUGCAUGACUAUGGUUGUCUAGUGAAGAGAGCUGUCUCUCAUUUAACCUAUUCAGAUCAAGGGCUAAAUUUUCAUUGUUUCCACCGCAAUGACAGGAACAUUACAGUUUUGUUAAAACCAAAACGAAUUACACGACUGGAAGUCUCUUGUUUCGAAAUAUUUUGGUUUGUUUUGGAAUGUUUCGUCCAGUAUCUUGGAAUGUUUUAAACCAAAAUUUCUUUUUUUUUUUUUUCGAGUUUUUCUUGUGUUUCUGAAAUAUUUUCAUAACGUUUUAUU